GUAAAAAGUGUGCCCAGCAUACGUAGAGUUUAUGCAUCAGCCCUCAGAUUGCUAACAAAGUGUUGAUGUGAAACUUGGUAAUAAGAUAAUGAUGUGAUGCCUAUUGUUAAGAAUGCGCUACAUUAAUGAAUGCAGAACGGCGUUACAGAAUUGCUAACAACUCGCUAAAGCUUUGCCAAACUCAACAAAACUAUGAGUGGACACUACGCGGAGUCGGAAUCUUCGCAGUCCGAGAGCAAAAUGGACAUCUCGGAGACGCCCACGGACUCGACUGGCGUUUCACCGCUGGCUGAUGAGCGUGCCAAUGCCACAAUGCCAAACAAAGCAACCCCCGACUCGCAGCACACUAUCGAGGAUGAGCAUGAGAAUAACGAAAACAAAACCUUGUCAACGCUGGAUAACCGAAUAAUACGUCCGGAAUUACUGCUGCCAGUCGAAACAAUGCCACAACGUCAAAUAACGGAAAGCACGCUCACUUUGGCAAAUAGCCAUCCACUUAUGUCGCCCACAAACACGGACUCCGAUUCGGAGCCAUUUCUGGGCAAGUGCAAGAAUUUUCCUGACGUUGUGCCGCGCACCGAGCAGACUGCAACUGAAGCUGUGCGGAACACAUUGAACCAACAAAACAAUAUGCGGGUGAAACCACAAGACGCCAAGGUCAGUCUGCUGCGGGCAAAUAGCCCAGAUCUGUUAAGCAGCGAAUCGGAUGCGGAUGUGUCACAAUAUUUGGCUGCUGUGGAGUCGAAUUUUCAGUCGGUUUCGCUGUUGCCGAACGCAAACAACAAAGCGUCGCGCAAAACAAAACGAUCGAUGGUAGCUGGUGGUGAGGACAUAUCCAGCUUGGAUUCCAUAUCAAAUCAUAGUUUUGACGAUGACGAAGACAUCGAGCACAAUUUGGCAUCGCUGAGCCCAUCCAGUUCCCUUAUUGAUGGCCUGGAUGGCGAGGACGAUGAUGACGACGAAUGCGAGGGUCCUGAGUUGCUGCCCGACAACGAUGACGAUCUGGACGAUUUUGGCAUGACCACUACACCCACACCGCAUGCCUCCGUAGCAACAGCAGCUACAGUAGCAGCCUCCCCAGAGCUGCCACAGUAUACGGCGGAUGAGGAGCGUCGCGAUUCACGCAAUUGGCAAAAAAUUACGCUGCCAGAUGGACGCACGCGCGAGAUUGACAUGCGUGUCAUUGAACCCUACAAACGUGUGCUUUCUCAUGGCGGUUAUCUGAAGGCCGGUGGACAGAAUGCCAUUGUCAUAUUCUGCGCUUGCCAUUUGCCGGACAGAUCUCGUGCCGAUUAUAGCUAUGUCAUGGACAAUCUUUUUCUGUAUGUGGUCAAAACGCUCGAACAGCUUGUCACAGAUGACUAUGUGCUCAUUUAUUUGCAUGGCGGUUCUAACAGGCGUAAUGUGCCGCCCUUUCCUUGGCUCAAGCGUUGCUAUCAACUGCUAGAUCGUCGCUUGCGCAAGAGUCUGAAGCACAUGUAUUUGGUGCAUCCCACUUUUUGGAUCAAAUCCCUGGUAUGGAUGGCGCGUCCAUUUGUCAGCACAAAAUUCUGGCGUAAGCUCGUUUAUGUCAAAUCUCUGGAUGAACUGGGACUGCAUGUGAUUGUUGAGAAGGCAGCAAUACCGGAGAAGGUUAAGCAAUAUGAUGCCAAGCGACAUUGAGCUGCACACUCGUAUCACUAAGUUAUUGGGUAACUGCUAGCUCACGCUUGAUUCACUCGCAACGCAACAUUCAUACACGCUCGCAUUUUUGUUUCUGCAUUCCUCGUUAGGUCUACUUUAUUUAAUAUUGCUCUCAGUUUUUUUUUUUUUUAUUUAUUUAUUUGAACUCUUCACUAUGCUUUAAUUUAAGAUCUCAAUCUAUGUGAUACCUUAUUUAUGCCUUCUCAAUCCAUGUACUUUGACCCGCUAUGUGCUAUGUAAUGUAAUUGGCGGCGCUCAGCAAACAUCGAACAAGUUUUUGAUUGCUUCUACCAGCAGCAGUAAAACUCACAUAUGAAGUAUGUAGUAUUAACCAACACAGACAGACGUAAUCCAUGUAGUUAUAGCAGAACACAAACGCAUAUUUAUAGAUAAUCAUGAUCAUAUAGCUUCCGCUUUAGUUCCAUAUAUACAUACAUAUACACAUAACUAAUCGUACAAUCUACAAUACAUAUACAUAUUUUAAGCCUGGUUUUUUAAAAUGUUAACAAGUAAAUAAGCAACUUGAAACCACCAGACUUCCGUACAUGUUACCUUCUUUGUCGUAGCAAAAUACUAUAAAAUAUUACGAAAGAAAAACCCGAACUCAACUGAAUUUAAAA